GGCCGAGUUAGAUUCAUAUCCGAUCAUGAUGCCUCAUGAAAAUAAGAAAAAGCUUCACUAGAAACCACAUCGACACCAGCAUUCACAGCACAAGGACAUGGCCUCCAAUGUGGAAAGGCAACUGGUCGUUUUUGACUUUGACUGGUCUAUGGCUGACCAGGAUACCGAUCGAUGGAUUUUUGAAGUCCUUGCGCCAGAUAUUCGCAGAAAAAUGAAAACUCUCAAGGAUGACAUCCAGUGGACUGACUUAAUUGCUCAGUCGCUGGAAGAACUUCACGGUCGCGGGGCGACAAGAGAACAGAUAGAACACACUCUCAAGAUAAUGCCCUUUCACCCUGCAAUGGUUCGAGGUGUAACAAAGCUCAAGGAAGCUUCGAAUCCCACAACAACAUUCUUCUGUCUAUCAAAUGCCAACUCCGUUUUCAUAUCCACGAUCCUCGAGUCUAAAGGUCUCCAGGAUCUCUUUGAAGAGAUCGUUACAAAUCCAGCCCACUUUGAGCCGUCAGGCCUUCUCAAACUUCGUAGAAGAGUAGACCCUGCCGGCCCACAGCACACCUGCCAAGUUGGCUGCAGUCCCAACAUGUGCAAAGGCGAGGAACUGGAAGCCUUCCUGAAAAGACAUCAGCCUGGCUUUGACCGCAUCAUCUACGUGGGUGAUGGAACUAAUGACUUCUGCCCUGUAUUACGAUUAAGAAGGCAACGCUUUCCCCUAAGUCUUGCUGUGUUUGAUCUGAUAAUUUCUUCUUCUUCUUUUCGUCUUCCCAGUCAAGAUAUGGUUCUUUGUAGACGUUUCCGUGGCCUAGAACGCCGCAUUGCGAAAGAAGGGGAGGUGGAAGGACUCAAAUGUCAAGUAAAAUAUUGGGCUGGUGCUUGGGAAGUUGAAGAAAUAUUUGGGAAUUUGUAAUUCAAGGACCACCUUACCAACGUUUCGACAUCAAUGUUUCCCUCUAUAGUUGGAU